AUGACUGUCGACUACAAAGAGACCCAUAUAAAUGAGCCCCAUUCCUCGUUUGAAGCCGGAAGAUUGCUCGGAGCAAAUGGCGCACAGAUUUCUCAUCAAAGUAGCGGUAACCAGCUCCUUCAUCUGAGGAUUUUGUAUUCUGUCAUCGCAGUCUUGCUUGUGGUGAUUGUGACUCUAUCAGCAUUCGCAGUGAAGGCUCUCAGCAACAACCUCCAGCUUGCUUUAUGGUCGCCUGUGAAUGAUAUUGUUGGAUACAAGACGGUCACUUUCGACGCCUUUUUCCUAGGCCAUGAAAGCCCCUGGACUAGAGGGCCAAAAGAGGUCAAAGAUGAGCUAUGGGAUGAGACAUAUCAAUUUGGAAUCUCCUGGAUUACCAAGAAAGAGGCCUCAUACAUGCUUAACGAGACUCUUCCCGCUCCUCACGACUCUGACAAGUAUAUGAUACAAUCGUAG